AGAACACAAUAAAAAUCAUGUGAUAAGCGAUGGUGGCAAAAGGAAAAUAAGCACAGCAGAAUUGCGGAAACAUCACUCUUUGCUUUGGUUCACUUGCUCUUGUUUCUCAACUUCACCGGAUUUCACUGCUGAAAGUGGAGUAGACACUGGAGUUCUGCUGGCAUAUAUGGGUUUUGGGACAUUGAGUUUGUCAAGAAUGGUCCGAUUUGAGGCCUCAAGUUUCAAUGGUCUGCCCCCACCUCAGUCUCCCAAGUAUUUGCCUCAUCUCUCUCUCACAAAGCCAUCUUGGGUUGUGAGAACAGAGUCGAACGUUCGGAAGAAAAGAAGAAAAAAGCCUGAUCCACCUUGUGUAGUAUGUGAGGGGAGUGGAAGAGUUGAUUGCCACCAGUGUCAUGGAAAAGGAAGGAUAAACCAAGUUCAUUUGGAAAUGCUCCCAAAAGGUGAAUGGCCAAAAUGGUGUAGGACUUGUGGUGGAAGUGGUCUUAGUUACUGCUCCCGCUGCCUCGGGACUGGAGAAUAUAGGUAUAUUAUGGGCAACUGUAGUAAUCUGACAUUCCUGAUCAACACUGGAGUAAUAUCAUUUACAAUGCAAAUAAAUGAAGAGCGCGACAGACCUUGCCUUGCAGACUCAUUUUUACAGUGGAGUCAAUGGCAGUUGCUUGAUUCUCUUCUACCUACUGGUGGAUUUGCUCAUUCUUUUGGCCUUGAAGCAGCAGUUCAGUCCCACUUAGUUUCUAAUUCCAACGAACUUAAGACAUUUGUUGUCCAUGUAUUGGAGAAUACAGGAAGCUUAUUCCUUCCUUUUGUGUACUCAGCUUCCAUGUCACCCAAUUUGGAAACCUGGCAUAAUCUUGACAAAAUAUUGGAUGCCACCCUAACUAAUGAAGUGGGUCGAAAGGCAUCAAUCUCACAAGGAUCUGCAUUAAUGAGGGUGGCUUCAGCUGUGUUUUCUGAGAUUCCCUCUCUCAAAACCAUGAGAGAUGCUUCUCUGGGGUUAGGUACUGUAUCUUUUCACCAUGCUCCUAUAUUUGGACUUAUAUGUGGAGCACUAGGAAUUGAUAAUACUACUUCUCAGAGAGCUUACUUGUUCAUCACAAUGAGAGAUGUAAUUUCUGCUGCAACAAGGCUAAAUUUGAUAGGACCCCUCGGUGCAGCAUUGUUGCAGCAUCAGGUUGCUCCUAUUGCUGAAGUAAUAUUAGAAAAAUGGAUGAAUCGUGCAUUUGAGGAAGCAUGCCAAACUAUGCCUCUGCUAGAUACCGUGCAGGGCUGCCAUGGUUACUUGUUUUCAAGGCUGUUUUCAUCCUAGAAGCCACGACAUUGAUAUUACAUUUCAUACUUUGAAGUGCAUGAAAAGUUUGUAUGAAACAAAUAUUGUUGUGCUUUUGGGGUUUCCAUAUCUUUUGCAUUUUAUAUCACUGUUUUAGUACUUCGAAUGAUGCUCACUCUUUUUGC